CCGCUCUACGUUACGGCAGCGCAUGACGUUCCGUCUUGGUCAAAUCAACGCGAGAUUUUCAGCGUGAUUGUGACGUCACGCCCAGACGGAACGAAAAACCAUGUCGCUUACGAGCUUUCUGCCAGCGCCGACGCAGCUCUCUCAGGACCAGCUAGAGGCUGAGGAGAGGGCGCGAUCACAGAGGUCUCAGUCCACUGCCCUGGUUUCCUCCCGCAGGGAGCCACCACCCUAUGGCUACAGAAAGUCUUGGGUCCCCAGGACACUGGAGGACUUUGGAGAUGGAGGUGCCUUUCCUGAGGUCCAUGUGGCCCAGUUUCCCCUGGAGAUGGGCAGGAAGAAGAAGACAUCCAAUGCACUUGCAGUUCAGGUCGACGCAGAAGGCAAGAUCAAAUACGAUGCAAUUGCCCGCCAAGGACAAGGGAAAGAAAAGGUCAUAUUCAGCAAGUACACAGAUCUGCUUCCUAAGGAAAUCCUGAGCGACGAUGCCCCAGAUCUACAGAGGCCAGACGACGAGGCAGUCAAAGAGCUGACAGAGAAGACCCGUGCAGCACUGGACAAGCAGGUGUCCCAGAAGAUUGCUGCAGCCAUGCCAGUGAGGGCCGCAGACAAGCAGGCGCCUGCGCAGUACAUCCGGUACACCCCAUCACAGCAAGGAGUAGCGUUCAACUCUGGGGCAAAACAGAGGGUCAUCCGUAUGGUGGAGAUGCAGAAGGACCCCAUGGAGCCUCCGCGUUUCAAGAUUAACAAAAAGAUUCCUCGCGGACCACCCUCGCCUCCUGCUCCUGUCAUGCAUUCCCCCAGCAGGAAGAUGACCGUGAAAGAACAACAGGAAUGGAAGAUCCCACCAUGCAUCUCAAACUGGAAGAAUGCAAAGGGUUACACAAUCCCCUUAGACAAGCGUCUGGCGGCGGAUGGCCGGGGGCUGCAGACGGUUCACAUCAACGAGAACUUUGCCAAACUGGCCGAAGCACUCUACAUCGCAGACAGAAAGGCCCGUGAAGCGGUGGAGAUGCGUGCGCAGGUGGAGAAGAAGAUGGCCCAGAAGGAGAAGGAGAAGAAGGAGGAGAAGCUGAGGGAGCUGGCUCAGAUGGCCCGAGACCGAAGAGCUGGCAUCAAGAGCCACGGGGACAAAGGUGCCGAGGACGUGGAGGUGAGGGAGCGUGACGAGAUCCGACAUGACAGGAGGAAAGAGAGACAGCACGACAGGAACAUCUCCCGGGCUGCCCCCGAUAAGAGGUCUAAGCUGCAGAGAGACCAGGACCGAGACAUCAGCGAGCUCAUAGCUCUGGGUCAGCCCAACCCACGACCCUCGAGUGAAGCCCAGUAUGACCAGCGUCUCUUCAAUCAGAGCAAGGGCAUGGACAGUGGCUUUGCUGGUGGUGAGGAUGAACUGUACAACGUGUACGAUCAGCCAUUCAGGAGCGGGAAAGACAUGGCCCAGAGCAUCUACAGGCCGAGCAAGAACGUGGAUAAGGACAUGUAUGGUGAUGAUCUGGAUACACUCAUUCAGAGCAACAGGUUCGUGCCAGACCGUGAAUUCUCUGGCGCCGACCACGGGCCACGCAGAGACGGGCCGGUCCAAUUUGAAGAGGAUCCUUUCGGUCUGGACAAGUUCUUGGAGGAGGCCAAGCAGCACGGUGGGUCAAAGAGGCCAUCUACCAGCAGCCGUUCAAAGGAUUACGACCAUGACAAGAAGCGGAGGAAGGAAUAAGACCCCCCUCCCCCACCUGUGUCCUUCUGGGGGGUCGUGAUUGGCCAGCAUUGUAUAUUGGCCCAUCAUCAGCAGUGACACAAAUGAGUGGAUACUGGGGGGCUUUGUGCUGAAGACCUUAAAUGUACUUGGAUGCCAUUACUUUCUGGCUGUAAAUUUAUAAAAAAGUAAGGUUAGGACUUACUGCGAAAUGUCUACUUUCAGAUUUGUCAUUCCUAUUAAUUAUCCCUUUUAAGACUUGUAGAACUGUUUACUUUGUGUUUUUGUAAGCCGUUUUAUUCAUAGAAGUGUGCGACAGGGUAUCAUCCUGUAGUGCCAGGGGAAAAUGUCAGGCUAUUCCAAACCUCUUGUACAGUACAACCCUUUAAUAAACCUUGUAUUGGGAAGAC